GGUAGAAUUUAUUCCCAUGAAUACAUGUAUUAUCGGAGUGAAAUGACAUACAUCAUACAUGUAUAUAGCAACAAUAUAAUAAUAAUAUGAUAAAAGGCGUCGGUGAUGUGUGUGGUUUUAUAACAGAAACGAGGGAGAGAGAGAGAGAGAGAGUGAGAGAGAAGUGAUCUCAAGAGUCCUGAGAGAGCUGCUAAUUAAGGUGGUGGUUCAUGUGUGAAAGAAGAGAUGAAGUUGUCAGAGUGUGGUUUUCUAGAAAGCAGAGCAUGGAUAUUUGGAGGAAGAUGAUUAUUCUUCCUGUGAGGCGGGUAUGGAGAGCACUCUAUGCACGCCUCAACUCCACCAAAAACGGGGCAGGGCUGUUGAAGCUGGAGGAUGAUGUACAGACAUGUGAGUACGAGGACAUACAAGUGAUGUGGGAAAUGCUAAGAAGAACAGAGAGUGAUGUCAGUAUACACAAGCGCAAGCAACAGCAACAACCUUUCUGGAGGGUCCUCAAACCGUAUUGAACCUUCUUCACAAUCAACUUUUACAAUCUUUCAUGCUUUAACUAAUCAUAAUAAGACUCUUCUUCCAGAGUUCUGCAUCUUACAAUUACAGGAUCACAAAACCGUCUCUUGUAAGCCGUAACUCAAAAUGUACUCAUUAUUGUAAAUAUAUCUCACUUUUUUCAUAGCAA